AUGAGUGUUCGGAAAUCACACUUGAUGGGAAAACAUCAUAUUAAAUACUAUUGUGACUAUUACGAAUUCAAAGCUAAAGAGACUGGUGAAUGGAAUCCACAAGAGCUAAUAUAUGAAAUAACAUUUGAUAAAUUGAAUAAAGGUAUACCUGGAGGUAACGAUAUCAAGAAUCAAAGUAAUGGCUACUGGCAAGCACCUGACAGGAGGGGAGACAAAGAUGGUAUGGAUAUUGAUCUGAGAGCAAGUGCUAGUGCAGACAGGAAAAGUGGGGACAUUAACAAUGAAGAAGAUGGCGAAGAAGAAGAAGGAUUCAUGCUUCCUCCGCCUCCUCAUUUGAGCGGGUUCCCACCUCCACCUCCUGCGAUUUAUAAUACAAUGCGGGAAACUCAACUCGCAAUUCAAAGGAUUCAAAGGUGA